CCCUUAAUCACCGAAUAUAAAACGUAAACAAACUUAGAUUGGUAAUUAUACUUAAAUCACAAAACAAUAGCAUGAAUCGUAGCUAAGAAAUGAGUGUCGCAAGUGGUCCCGUUAGGCCCACCCUACCGCUUUUGCGCUCCGCCCCUACUUUGCCCGCCAUUCAUCGAUUUAAAGAGCUAGGGGAAGCACACGAUAUGGCUCUCUGGACACCUUACACGGAAGAAGCCCUCGACUUGACCAAACAGAACAUAGAAAAAUCUCCAGAUUACCCUCACUUGGAUCAUUUCUACUACGAGUCGUACGGUGCACCACAAACUGUACCUACCUCACAGAUAUCUCCAGACUCGAUCAAAAGUUGGAAUCAGGAAGAUGAAACUCUCUCAGACGACAUGGAAUAUCAAGCCUUCGAACGUGAUGCGCUGCAAGCUAUGGCAGAGAGGAAUGGUGGAAGUCUCCUGGGAAAUAAUCCAAGAAUGAAGAGAGUCGUACAGAGCACCCAAGCAUCUGAUGACAUGUACAGAAAGCAAAGAGAACGGAACAACUACGCGGCGAAACAAAGCAGAGACAGACGGAAGUUAAGAGAGGUUCGGUUGGCGUUUCAAGUGACGUUUUUAAAAAAGAAAUUGGCUGAAAUGAGAUCGCAACUCGACAGUAGAGUAUGUGCCAGCUGUCUUCAGAGCCGCUAA